ACACACCUUCCCCCCACAUUCUAUCGUGUCUCAGAUCCAUCUCCUCUCUCUCCCCUCGAAAUUUUUUCUAGGGUUUCGAUUCAACAAGCAAUCGAACGGAAUGAAGCUUGGAACCUCAAUUCGAUCAUGAACCCCAAGCCAUCCGGUUUGAAUCAUCGCUACUCCAUGCCGAUCCAAGGUCAGAUCGGCGACGCACACGUCGGCGGCACCGCCGCCAGCGCCGGCGACGAGUCGCAUAUGAUGGACGGUGAGCACGCGAUACAGCGGUACGAAGAAGGAGAAGGCGGCGGAGUUGAAGGAAUGGAUGGAGAUCACGAGCAUGAGCAGGAUCAUGACGGCGAUUUGCCGUCGGAGCCCAUCGCUGCGAUUGGGCCUCAGAUUGGGAGCAAUCAGCUGACGCUUUCGUUUCAGGGCGAGGUUUACGUGUUUGAUUCGGUUUCACCAGAAAAGGUCCAAGCCGUACUUUUGUUGUUGGGAGGUAGGGAGAUAACAAGUACGGUUCCUUCAGUUCCGUCAACCUCACAACAGUAUAAUAAGAAGUCAAAUUUUCCUCAUAGAGUUGCAUCAUUGAUGAGGUUCCGAGAGAAGAGGAAAGAGAGGAAUUUUGAUAAAAAGAUCCGGUAUACUGUUCGCAAGGAGGUUGCACUGAGGAUGCAGCGUAACAAGGGUCAGUUUACGUCAUCCAAGUCAAAGCCUGAAGAUGCAACACAAAGUGUUACAACAUGGGAUGGUACUCAAAGAUGGGGUACAGUAGAUGGUCGACCACAAGCAGCAUCUGAAUGCCAUCAUUGUGGCAUUAAUUCAAAAUCUACACCGAUGAUGCGUCGUGGGCCAGAUGGACCAAGGACAUUGUGCAAUGCAUGUGGACUUAUGUGGGCAAACAAGGGUUUGCUGAAAGAUCUGUCAAAAAAUCCAUCCCAGUCCACUCAUAAUCCCCUGCCAGUCCCAAAGGAAGGAAAUGGAACUGCUGUAAAUGGAACAUCUGUAGCCGUCAGUGAGCAACAGCCCCUUGCAAUCACUUCUAAUGGUCAUGCUUCGUCGUCGUGAGCAUAAUCACGGGUUUCACAUUUAAAAUAUUUGAUGAGGGGGUAAUUCACCCUGUAUUUCUCAAGACAGUUUAUUAUACAUACAUGUAUUACAUAGGUAUAUUAUCUGAGCAUGAAAUAUAAAUUUCCUUUUUCUUCU